GAGUGCUGCUAACUAGGUAGCUAGGGAGAGAGCAGCUAGAAGAAAAUGGAGAGUGGAACGAAUAUCCUGGUUAUUGCCUAUCCAGUACAAGGCCACAUAAACCCAAUGCUCCAAUUCUCCAAGCGCCUGGCCUCAAAGGGUCCUAGAGUCACCUUUGUCUCGACCAGCAUCAUGAGCAAGUCCAUAUUGCAGACCGAGCAAACCGCGGGCAGCAGUCUCAACUUUGAGACAAUUUCUGAUGGCUCCGAGGAUGUCGAUCGUAAGACGGAAAGCAUCGAUGCGCAGCUCGAGCGUUUCGAAUUGGUAGUCUCGCAAAACUUGGAAAAGUUCAUCGAGAGACAAAAAAGCUCCAAACACCCUCCGAAAAUUCUAGUGUAUGACUCAGUGCUGCCAUGGGCUCUGAAUAUAGCCAGGAAACUUGGCAUAGAUGGAGCUCCUUUUUUCACGCAGUCUUGUGCGGUUAAUGCAAUAUAUUAUCAUGCGCUUCGAGGAACAUUUGGCCAGAUUCCUGUAGAAGGACCUUCGAUAUCACUGCCCUCGAUGCCAUCACUAAGUAUCAGUGAUAUGCCUUCGUUUAUUUGCGACACGCACUCCUACCCAGCUCUGCUAAAACUCGUACUGAAUCAAUUCUCAAACUUCCAGGAAGCUAAUUGGCUCUUCUGCAACACUUUCGACAAGCUGGAACAUGAGGUACUGACUUGGAUGGCAAGCCGAUGGCCUGUUAAAACAAUUGGACCAGCUAUUCCAUCAAUGUACUUGGACAAGAGGUUGGAAGAUGACAAAGAGUACGGCCUCAACCUAUUUAAGCCUGAUGUGGACGCUUGCAUGAAGUGGCUAGAUACCAAGGAAACUGGCUCGGUCAUUUAUGCAUCAUUCGGAAGCUUGGCCGCCCUGGGAGAAGAGCAAAUGGAGGAGCUAGCAUGGGGCCUAAAGAAUAGCAAUUGCUACUUCUUGUGGGUAGUCAGAGAAUCAGAAGAGAAAAAGCUUCCCAGUAAUUUUCUACAGGAAACAGCCGAGAAGGGGCUGGUUGUGAGUUGGAGCCCGCAAUUAGAUGUGCUGGCUCACAGGGCAGCUGGUUGCUUCAUGACUCACUGCGGGUGGAACUCGACACUCGAGGCAUUGAGCUUGGGAGUGCCGCUGGUUGCGAUACCACAAUGGACGGAUCAAACAACUAAUGCCAAGUUCAUUGUGGAUGUCUGGAAGGUAGGAGUGAGGAUUAAACUGGAUGAAAAAGGCAUUGCUACCAAAGAAGAAAUAGAGAUGUGUAUAAAGGAAGUUAUGGAGGGAGAGAGAGGAAAGGAGAUGAAAAAGAAUUCAAUGAGAUGGAAGGAAUUGGCUAAAGAGGCAGUAGAUGAAGGUGGAAGUUCAGAUAAAAACAUUGUGGAGUUUGUAGCAAAACUUGCACACUCCUAAUGUUUAUGCAAGUGAUAGCUUAUUGGUGAAAAAAUAAAUAAAAAAGAAGUGUAUGGCAAAUCUUUAGAAUAGUGAUCGAGAAAUGUUCCGACAAGCAAUAAAGGCAACUUCUAAACUUCUAUAUUCAAACUCAUUCAUCAACAAAUUCGUCGUCAA